CAGAGCUCCUCUCUGUCCCCGCUGCGCUCCUCAGUCUCCUCACAACUAGCAGGCAGUUUGCUCCAAGAAGCCGAAAAACAGAAAAAAAAAAAAAAAGCAGGAGGGGACGAUCUCUGGCACAUUCCCCAGGAUGGAGGAUUCUCCAUCGAAGCCGUCUGUGGCUGAGCUGGCUGGAAGGUUCAAAGGUCACAUUCUACCAAUGCCCACCUCAAAUGACGAGUUGCCAUUCCGAAGAAGACCUCCAUGUUCCCUAAAGUUGAAAAAUCAAAAAGAUGAUAAUGAAGAAUCAGAUAAAACUACUGUCUCACCAAAUCCCUUCAAAAUCAAAAUGAAAAACUCCUCCAUCAUUGAGAAACUUCAGGCCAAUCUUGCUCUGUCACCCACUGCUCUGCUGCCUUCACCCAAGAGUCCUGAGGCGAAGCUCCAGCCAGCACCGUUGUCCCCCACCACACGCUGCAGUCCACAGAGCCCCCUGAGCCCCACCUCACAUCUGUCCAGUGAAGAGGAGGAUCCCAUCAGCUUCGACAGCCCUCCUGAAGGCAUCCCGCUGCUCAGCAUCAACAAGACACGUGCACGGCUAUCAUUCAAAAGGCGCCCGCCCACAAGACAGCACAGGAGGUCGGCCGGAGAGGAGGCAGGAGCCUUCGGGAGUGCUUUGUCCCCAUGUGAACUCUAUAGCCCAAAAGAAAAUGGGGAAGUGGACCAUGUUUUCGAAUAUGGACAGCCGGCAAGUGUGAAAGAAGCUGAAGAGAAUGACAGGGACUGUGAAAAAUCGGAGGAUGAGGUAACAAAGAGUAACCCAGAUGACAGGAGAGAUCUGGAGGAGGAGCAGGAAGCAGAACAAGCCCAGAAUAUGGAGGAUUUGGAGGACGAGGAGAAGAUGUCAGAGCUUUGCCCUGCUGAGCAGAUAGAGGCUCAGGAGGAGCACCAAGUCACCAAUGGCAUGGUGUGAACUGUGAAUGUUUACUUUGAGAAAAAAUAUAUAUGAAUAAGUUAUUCAGUGCUUUGAUUAAGAGAACUCUCAAAAUACUCCCCAGAAAAAUUUAGAUUUCUUGGUACCUGUUUUUUCUUGUUUUUUUCUUGUUGUUUUUUUAAGUCAUUUUGUCUUCCUGUCCUGGCUGUCUUACAGAACAGGUCUAUAAACACUGGAGAGUUAUGAGAAGCAGCUGUUCUGUGCAAAUAUGCAAAUAAGCAUCACAGCUGAUACAGUAUACAUUAUCAGACAGAUGAAAUUUGUAUUUUAUUAAGUCUGCAUGACCAGACUCUUGUUUUUAUGACAAAUUUCAUUUUUUUCUUUACAAAACAAAGAUAUUGUUAUGAGUGCACUUCAGAAGUAUCUGUCAUGUACAGUGGACUUUGGAAAUGCUGAUUGCUGGGUAAACAAAGGAAAAGCAGUAUUGGAUUUCAUAUCUAUUAGCUGAAAUAUAAAAUGUUCUGGGUAUGAUCAUACCAAAUCCCUAUCACUUUAGGUUGGAAUUAUAUACUUUGCUUAUAUAGUUUUCUUAUAAUCUAUGUCGGUCUAAUUUUCUGCUUGUCUUUUUCUUUCGUAUUCUGCAAAAUAUUUGAAUCACAGUGCGACUGUGGAGGGGGUUGGGUCCUCAGCAAUUAUGCACAGAAAUGUUAAGAAAAUAAACAUUUUCGUAUGUAA